AUGGCUACUUUGGGACGCACAUUCCCCUUCUAUGUGGGCCGCAAGCCGAUCUUCCCAAUGGACAUCACAUUGGCUGUCAUCAUCGCCAUCUUUCUGACUGCAGUGGUCACCUUCAUCAUCAUCCUGCCUGGCAUUCGGGGCAAGAUGAGGCUGUUCUGGCUGCUGCGAGUGGUGACCAGCUUAUUCAUCGGGGCUGUGAUCCUGGCCGUGAAUUUCAGUUCUGAGUGGUUUGUCGGCCGAGUCAGCACCAAUACAUCAUACAAGGCCUUCAGUUCCGAAUGGAUCAGCGCUGAUGUUGGGCUGCAGGUUGGUCUAGGAGGAGUCAACAUUACACUCACAGGGACCCCAGUGCAGCAGCUGAAUGAGACCAUCAAUUACAAUGAGAAGUUCACCUGGCGCCUGGGUGAAAACUAUGCUGAGGAGUAUACAAAGGCACUGGAGAAGGGGCUGCCGGACCCCGUGCUCUACCUGGCUGAGAAGUUCACCCCAAACAGCCCAUGUGGUCUACACAGCCAGUAUCGCCUGGCGGGACACUAUACCUCAGCCAUGCUCUGGGUGGCAUUCCUCUGCUGGCUGCUGGCCAAUGUGAUGCUGUCCAUGCCCGUGCUGGUCUAUGGUGGCCACAUGCUGCUGGCCACAGGCAUCUUCCAGCUGUUGGGACUACUCUUCUUCUCCACGGCCACAUCACUCACAUCACCCUGUGCCCUGCACCUGGGUACUGCUACGCUGCACACUCACCACGGGCCUGCCUUCUGGAUCACAUUGACCACAGGUGACGCACAGCCCUGAAGACAGACACUGGCAGGCUUAGGGCCAGGGAUGGAGGGCCAGGGACGGCCAUAUUGGUGGGGGUUGAGGGCCUGAGUCUGGGGGCCAGGAUGCCUUUCCUCUAGUUAAAGCCCCAUCCCUCUUACAUCACUCACCUCUGGGCUUUCUGUCCCCAGUUCCACUUCCUCCUGCCAUAGAUGCCUACUCCCUGAGUCUUCUGUCUCUGUCAUUUCCCUCAUCCCCUAACUCUCUCUCCACCCAGGUCUUUCCCAAAUCUUCCAGUCUUAUGCCCCUGCCCACUUUCCCCAAACACUCUUCUGUGUCCACCAUUCCUUCUCUUUCCUUCUCUUUACCUGCCUCACCUAGCC